AUGGUGAAAGCAGCCUUGGUAGAUAAAAAUGGACUCAGGAAAGGUGCAUGGAGUGAAGAAGAAGAUACUAAGUUGAGAGUUUAUGUUCAGAAAUUUGGCCACUGGAAUUGGCGACAACUUCCCAAGUUUGCCGGUUUAUCAAGGUGCGGCAAGAGUUGCAGAUUAAGAUGGAUGAACUAUCUCCGGCCGGACGUAAAGCGUGGAAAUUUCUCAGAAGAAGAGGAUAAUUUGAUAAUUCAAAUGCAUGAAGAACUUGGAAAUAAAUGGUGUGUUAUUGCUGGGAAAUUACCUGGAAGAACAGACAAUGAAAUUAAAAAUCACUGGCAUACCAACUUGAGCAAGAGAGUGAAGCAAAACCAAUCAGUUUCUUCUGAGUUGAUGAAUAAAGAGAAGAGUACUGAAACUUCACAAACUUCACAAUCUGAAGUUAGUGAGACUGAAAAGUCUGAAACUGAAAGUGUUUCUGUCAAUACUCCCUCUGAAUCUGGUCAUCGCCCAAAAACUGUGGAGAACUUUCCUUCAUCUCAUGAAAUAUCUUGCAUUGAGUUCUCCUCCAUGAGUAACGAUUCUAUGUCAGGCGUGAAUGGUGUUGCAGAAGAAUGUUUCUCUUCAUCAAUGGAAAUAUUUCAAGAUUUCUGGAACCAGCCAUUUUUGGCAGACAAUAAUUGCAACCAAGAUGGUUAUGAUUCAAUGUUCUUGACAGAAGAAGGAUUAAUGUCUUCCUAUGCUUCCAACUAUGGUGAUGAUGGCAUAGAUUGGAUCCAGCAAGCGAUGCAGGAAAUCGAAGAUAGUACUUCUUAA